AUGCCCAGCCCCGCGAUCCUGGAAAAGCAAAAGGUGGUGCCGAUGAUCUUCAGACGGCAUGGAGACACUGCGCCCAAGAACCGUGGUCAUAUUUUAGGCAACGCUAAGCCUGCAACAUUCUACAUCCGCGAGCUGGAGCGUCAAGGGGACAAUGGGACUACCACAUUGUUGGAUGCAUCCGUUCUGCUGGCAACCCGCCCAUUUAACCCAAAGUUCAUUGCAUACGACAAAAAGGUACUGCGCUUCGAAGCGUAUUUCCUGGAAGCCGUGCACGAAAGCAAUCUCGAGAACUACCGAGUGCGCCGUUGCGAAGUGCUGUACUACCUCGAGGACGAUACGUUGCAGGUCACGGAGCCCAAGGUCGAGAACAGCGGUAUCCUACAGGGAAACUUUGUGAAACGACAUCGCAUCCCGAUGCCGGAGAGCGAUGACCGUGGUAACAUGCAGUAUUUCACGCUGCGCCAUCUAAACGUGGGUGAAGAGCUGACCUUUUAUGGUCGGAUGUUCCAUCUCAUCUCGGCGGACGAGUUCACGCGUGAUUACCUCGUUUCUCAAGGAUUCCAUGUGCCUCCGGAUGAAGCGAUUCCACGAGACCCGUACACAGUGCUACGUCAAGCACACAUGGCUCGGGAGACUGGGCAAGAUCCAGAUGCGCACUAUGGCAAGAAGAAGUACCCAAUGAAAGACUUUAUGGAGGCCUCUCUGGGAAAAUUUGCGCGGCCCAGCGACAACCUUCGCCGAUUCCUGGCACAUGAUCGCGAGGUCCUGCGCUUCUUCGCUAUUUGGGACGACAGAGAGAAGCUCUAUGGUAUCCGUCACCGCUACACCCUUCACUUCUUCUUGGCUGACAACACCAUCGAAAUCCUCGAGUCAUAUGAUCGAAACUCCGGCUGUGAUCCAUUCCCAAAGCUGCUUAACCGGGCGAAGCUAUGUAAGGAUCCGGAACGCCAAGCUUGUGCUGCAGUGUGCGACGAAGCAGCAGAUGAUGAAGAAGUCCCCCCACAUAAUUAUUACUCGUGGGAGGAUUUGGCUAUUGGCGAAUACCUGCAGGUCUACAACCGACAGAUCCUCUUACUGGACGCUGACGCAUCUACGCGUUCGUGGUACGAAGAGCACAACGUGCCUCUCGCUCCUGCUAUUUCCAUCAAGGACGUGGUGCCGCUUCGGCCGGCGUUUACACCGCCAGUACACGACGGAUUGGGCUCCGAGGAGGAUUCGCUGCAGUCCUGCUACCACUUGCUGCCCAAACCUCCACUCAAGAGCAUUGAAUCUCUCGAUACGACCGAAGUACUGCGCUUCCGUGCACGCUUCGAGACCGAACAACCAGAGGAUGUAGGACGUCGCUUUGUGAUUUCAGUCAUUGUGUCCGACCAAAGUGUGUCCAUUAUCGAGUUCAUCCAGCGUAAUUCUGGUAUCGUAGGCGGCAAGUUCCUUGAGCGCACGCGUAUCAAGCGUACCCGUCCUGACGGAUCCGCUGUGAUGACGGACGGACGCAUUUCGUGGCUCGAUCUGGAUGAUUUUUAUGUGGGUGCUCGAGUUCGAAUGACAGGCCGCACUUUUGUGCUAUUCGAAAUGGACGAGUACAGCGCCAAGUACAUGGAAGCUCGUCCUGCCAAAUUUGCACGGUCCGACAAGCUUACUGUGCUACGAAAAGUGCGUGACCAAGUGGACAAGUCGGCGCUGGCAGCUCGCAUAGGUGACCUUCAGAGUAAGCAGAGCCAAGUUGACGUCGAGGAGUUGACGUCACUCCUUAACGACCUUACUGUCGACAUUGCGCAGCAUGACGCUGUCACUAUCAUCCGAAACUAUGGAGACAAGACAACCAUGAAAAUAGAUGUCGGGGCGCUUCCACAGCUGCUGGCUUAG